UACUUGUCUUUGUUUUUCCAGAUUGAUAUAAAAAAAUAAUCCCGGAAUAAGCGCAUUUAAAAUGGCAUUCGAUGAACAGUUAGAUGAAGAAUCAAUGCAAUCUUUGUUUGCUUGGAUAGACGACAUACCACUUUCAAGAAAAAAGAAAAACAUUACACGCGAUUUUAGCGACGGACUUCUCGUGGCUGAAAUUGUGUUUCAUUUCUUCCCUAAAAUGGUGGAACUGCAUAACUACGUCUCAGCUAACUCAGUCAAUCAAAAAAUGAAUAAUUGGGGAACUUUAAACAGAAAAGUUUUGUCGAAAUUGGAUUUUCAAGUUCCCGCUGAUAUAAUGCGAAAAAUAGCCGAAUGCACUUCUGGUAUUGUGGAAAUAUUCCUUUUCGGUUUAUGGCAGAAAAUUGACCACCAUUUAGUUAAAACCAGAAAAGUUCCUCAAGGAUAUACACCUGAUAGACCGUACUACAAUGCAAGAUCAGCAGACAAAGCCCAAGCCAAUGCUAACAUUGGAAGCAAACCAAACUCCCAACCAGACCAGACAGAAUACAUAGUAAAGAACCCAGUACCACUUGCUCAGCUUGAACUAAGUGGACUUGACAACCAAACACGAUUUAUUUUGGAGGAAAAAGAACAAGCGUUACUUGCCUCUCAAGAAACGGUCCAGAUUCUUCAAGUAAAAAUAAGGAGACUGGAACACCUGCUUAAGUUGAAGGAUAUGCGACUACAAGACAUGGAGCAACGAAUGACACGUUACGACUCUAUUUCGACCGUCCAGUCAAACCCACGACAUUAGUGUUUUGUUCUAUUUCGUCUAAGUUUCUAUAAAGCGUGAAUUUAGUUUUCUGGCAAUGCGUUUUUAUUGCAGCACUUAUGAUGUGCAGUCGUUGGUUCUCUAGCGGGUAUUUUUGGUUUUAUACACGAUUUUUAUUAUUUUAAACGUUAGAUAUGUUUUAUAUUAAUUCUAUAUUGUACAUAUACUAUCGGAUUUGAAGCGGUAUGUUUUCAGCCGUUGUUCAGCGAAAAGGUAAAACAUAUUUCUUGUAAUAAUGACAGACGAUCUUGGGUAAGCCAUAUAAACGGACAAAGUGGUUUAAUUUAAAUUUGGUAUACCUACUUGCCGAAAUAAAUGCAUCAUAAUAAAUAGUUUUAUACUGGACUUUUUUAUUCCUAUUCUUGUAACGUUUAUACAAGUUAAAAAAGACCAAAAAGGUAACUUCUGCUAACGAUUUUUAAUACUAGGCUAUCAUUUGUAUGUUGUUGUAACUCGUAAGCUGGUAUGAAAAAGAACACCGUGAAACCU